CGAGCGCUGACGAGUUCACGAGCGCUACUGAUUCGCGCGUCUCCGCUACCGAUUCGCGCAUCUCCGCUUCCGAGUGACUCCCCGGUGCGUUUUUUUCCGUUAAAACCUGCGAAACCUGGCGUGUCACCUCAGGGAUAAACACGGUCUGUUGAACGGUACGAAAUGCCAGCAGUAUCGAAAGGAGACGGGAUGCGAGGUUUGGCUGUCUUCAUUUCAGAUAUACGGAACUGCAAAAGCAAAGAAGCAGAAGUGAAGAGGAUAAACAAAGAAUUGGCCAACAUCCGCUCUAAGUUUAAAGGGGACAAAGCUCUGGAUGGCUACAGCAAGAAGAAGUAUGUGUGCAAGCUGCUUUUCAUCUUUCUGCUGGGGCAUGAUAUUGACUUUGGCCACAUGGAGGCAGUCAACCUGCUCAGUUCCAACAAGUACACAGAGAAGCAGAUAGGCUACCUAUUCAUCUCUGUGCUGGUGAACUCCAACAGCGACCUUAUCCGGCUCAUCAACAACGCCAUCAAGAAUGACCUGUCCAGCCGGUAUCCAGUGUUCAUGAAGCUGGCCCUGCAUUGCAUUGCCAAUGUGGGCAGCCGUGAGAUGGCUGAGGCCUUUGCCCAGGAGAUCCCUCGCAUCUUAGUGGCUGGGGAUACCAUGGACAGUGUGAAGCAAAGUGCAGCUCUCUGCUUGCUCCGGCUCCACAGAACUUCACCAGACCUGGUGACAAUGGGAGAGUUGACUUCUCGUGUGGUGCACCUGCUCAGUGACCAGCACUUGGGAGUAGUAACGGCAGCCACAAGCCUCAUCAUUGCACUGGCUCAGAAGAACCCAGAGGAACUCAAGGUUUCUAUUCCUCUGGCUGUGGGUAGGCUUGGCAGGAUCGUGAUCCCUGCUGCUUCAGAUUUACAGGACUAUGCCUACUACUUUGUCCCCGCCCCAUGGCUGUCUGUCAAGUUGCUCCGCCUCCUGCAGUGCUACCCACCUCCAGAGGAUGAUUCUGUUCGCAGUCGGCUGACUGAAUGCCUUGAAUCCAUCCUAAACAAGGCCCAGGAGCCACCCAAGUCUAAGAAGGUGCAGCAUUCAAAUGCUAAAUAUGCUGUGCUUUUUGAGGCCAUUAGCCUCAUCAUCCACUAUGACAGUGACCCUGGCCUGCUUGUACGUGCCUGUAACCAGCUGGGCCAGUUCCUCCAGCACCGGGAGACCAAUCUGCGAUAUCUGGCUCUGGAGAGCAUGUGCACACUGGCCAGUUCGGAGUUUUCCCAUGAAGCUGUUAAGACACACAUUGAAACGGUCAUCAGUGCCUUGAAGACAGAGCGGGAUGUUAGUGUCAGGCAGAGGGCGGUGGACCUGCUCUAUGCCAUGUGUGACCGCAGCAACGCCAAACAGAUCGUGGCUGAGUUGCUGGACUACCUGGAGACUGCAGACUACUCCAUCCGGGAGGAGAUUGUGCUUAAAGUGGCCGUCAUAGCAGAGAAGUAUGCAGUGGACUAUGCAUGGUAUGUGGACACCAUCCUGAAUCUGAUCCGCAUUGCCGGCGAUUACGUGAGUGAAGAGGUGUGGUACCGUGUCAUCCAGAUCGUCAUAAGCCGCGAGGAGGUCCAGGGCUAUGCUGCCAAGACUGUCUUUGAGGCUCUUCAGGCUCCUGCUUGCCAUGAGAACCUGGUGAAGGUCGGGGGAUACAUCUUAGGGGAGUUUGGAAACUUGAUUGCUGGAGAUCCCCGGUCAAGCCCUCUGGUUCAGUUCAACCUUCUGCACUCCAAGUUCCACCUAUGCUCAGUGCCCACUCGGGCCCUCCUUCUCUCGACCUACAUCAAGUUCAUCAACCUGUUUCCUGAGAUUAAAGUCACUAUCCAGGAUGUUCUGCGCUCCAGCAGCCAGAUCCGCAACUCAGAUGUGGAGCUACAGCAGCGUGCCGUGGAGUACCUGCAUCUGAGCUCCGUCGCCAGUACUGAUGUCCUGGCAACAGUUCUGGAAGAGAUGCCGCCCUUUCUAGACCGCGAGUCUUCCAUAUUGUCCAAGCUGAAAAAACGAAAAGGGCCGGGUGUGCUUCCUGAUCAGGAAGACAGCCCCAAGGAUAAGAAUGCUGGAGUCAACGGCACUGUGGAUUCAGUCAGUUCCAGCAGCAUUACAAAGGCUUCUCCGUCACCAUUGUCAGCUGCUCUGCUGGGUUUGAGUAGUACCUCCAGCCAAAACACCUCCUCCUCUUCUCCAAGGGGAAGCUUGUUGGUGGACAUCUUUUCUGAUAACCAGUCUCCCAUCCCCGAAGCUGCAGCUGCACCUGUUGCCACUGAGAACUUCUCCAAGUUUGUGUGUAAGAACAGCGGAGUCCUGUUUGAAAAUCAAAUGCUCCAGAUUGGACUGAAGUCAGAGUUCAGACAAAAUCUUGGUCGCCUCCAUGUGUUUUAUGGAAAUAAAACCUCAAUGCAGUUCCUGGAUUUCUCACCGUCUGUGGUCUGCCACGAUGCUUUAAAAUCUCAACUCAAUGUACAUGCUAAGUCUGUGGACCCCGUUGUGAAUGGAGGUGCCCAACUCCAACAGAUGUUCAACAUCGAAUGUAUUUCAGAUUUCCAGGAGGUACCAGUUCUAAACAUCCAGUUCAGGUAUGGGGGCACCCUGCAGAAUAUAGGUGUCAAGCUUCCAGUCACCUUAAACAAGUUUUUCCAGCCUACUGAGAUGACAUCACAAGAAUUCUUUCAGCGCUGGAAGCAGCUGAGCAACCCCCAGCAGGAGGUACAGAAGAUCUUUAAAGCAAAGAACCCCAUGGACACGGAUGUCACCAAAGCCAAAAUUGCCGGAUUUGGUGUAGCUCUUUUGGACCAGGUAGACCCCAACCCCUCCAACUUUGUUGGUGCUGGAAUCAUCCAUACCAAGUCAACUCAGGCGGGAUGUUUGCUGAGACUGGAACCCAAUACCCAAGCCCAGAUGUACAGACUUACUCUACGCACCAGCAGGGACACUGUGUCCCAACAGCUAUGUGAGCUGCUUUCAGAUCAGUUUUAAACUCUAUGCCACCGAAGGAGCCCCACCCGAUCAAUGUGACCUCAACAGCCUCGUAGUGCAGUCCAUAAUAAAUACAUCAUUCGAUUUCCUUUCCUAGUUUACAUUGAACUUCUCCAGUGUAUAGUGUAAAAGUGUUUUGUUAUUCUUAAUAUUUAAUCAUACAUGAAUGAUAUUUGUUAAUUAGCUUUCUAACAAUUCAGUUUUUGUGUUUGUUUGUACAAUAUAAUACUAUGCUUCAUUUUCCCUGUUUCUCUGUGACAUGGUAACUUACUUGAUAGGACCCAUACUGUAAUGGACAAUUCAUUCUGGCUGUUCUUAUCUCAGUGAGUAAGCCAUUGUUCCCCAAAGCUUAGGAGAAUGUGUUGGGUACAGAUAGUUGUGUAUAAAAUGGCGAAGUGGACAGGGCAGGGAGGUAAAAGAAAAAGCAAACCCAAGCAGUAAGGUAAACUGAGGCUUGCUGCCCCAGUGGCCAUACAACAAGGGUCUCCUCAUCAUUUGGCCAUUUCCCACCUGUCAUGAUAUUGCCAGCUAUGCCACUGCCUUAUGAUCAGAGGUAGGAGAUUCAGAUCCAGAGAGUAAAAGUCCAGACCAAGAUUUUGUUUUAUCCACCGAGUGGAGAAUAAAGUGUCAGUCACAGGCCACUCAAAUGGUUGGUUGAAACAAAAUCUUGGUCUAGAUUUUUACUCUUUGAACCUGAACUACCCACCUCUGCUUAUAAUUUUCUUCCUUGAUUGUAAGACUGUGAUUUGAUUUUAGAACAAUUGUCUUGUAUAGGAAUUCAGUCUGAUGAUGUGAUUCUAUGCAGAAGAGAACUUUGUAUGCUUUAACUUCACAUAUAAACUGAGAUUUUUUUUUAUUGCAUCAAUGUUGAUGUACUUUUCAUAAUUUUUUAAAUACUUUAACACCUCUAAAUGUAUGACAAAUAUGAAUGAAAAACUCAUCUGUUGGAUUUUAUACAGUGCAAGGCAAACAUAUGAAUAAAAAUGCCAUAAAUCUCCGACUUGCUGGCAA